UUUUUGCCUUUGCCAUUUGCCUUGGCAAGCCAAUGCCACUUUGCGCAGCUCUUCUUUAUAUACCGUCGCGCUUCUCUCUCUAUCUCUCUCUCUCUCUCUCUCUCUCUCUCCCCGAGUUUCGGGAGCUUCGAAUCUCCAGUACGCAGAGCGCUCGGGAAACCCCACCGUUGACGCCGCCCUGCAGCCGGCCGCGGCUUCUCCGGCUAACAUUCGCUCCGCCGCGCUUGGGUUUUCACGUCCGUCCUCCUCCCGUACCGGGCGCCAGGCGCGACGCUGCGUUGGCGUAGGAGCUUUCCUUCCAUCUCUCUCUCUCUCUCUCUCUGUGGUGGGUGAGUGAGGGAACGAAAGUUCCGUGCUUUGCGGGAGCUCCUUGAGUCCCGAACGGAGGGCGGGGUCGCUUGGGGCGGUCGGGAUGGACGACGGCGGAGGAGCUCGGGCGCCGGAGGAGACGGCGGCGGCCGCCGGGGUGGAGGGGGGGCCGGAGCAAUGCGAGGGUGGCGGCGGCGCCGCGCGCGAGGAGUUGCCAGCCGAGGGCGAAUGCGGCGACGGGAGCCCCUCCCAGGAGCUCCCGACGCCUCCGCUCCCGCCGAGCCCGCUGAAGCUGACGAGGCCGACGCGGGCCGCGGGAAUGCGGAGGCGCCGGCGGGGGCGAACGGGGGUGGCGUCAGCGAGCCGGCGGGGGAGGACGCUCGGGUCGAUGCGGGCGCUGACGAGCCGCACGUCGCCGUGGGGAACGGUUCUGGCGAUGCGGAGCCUUCGAAUCAGGGUGAAAGUGCCGAAGACGAACGGAUUGAGAAAGAACCCAAGGAUGGCGCGGCGGAGAAGGACAGGGCGUUUGUUCCGAAGGCAGAGGCUUCGAACAAGCAAGUGCUGAAGCGGGAGAUUGAUGCAGAGAUUGAUCCAAGGCGUGAAGCGGAGAUGAAAAGCUCGGAGCCGCGGUUUUCCUGGGAAACGCAGUAUGACGACGGUGAUGAAUCAGGGACAGAGGAGGAGCAAUACUCUUUCAGGAAGGAGGUCGAAACUUUCUACAAGGGGAGGAGUUUGGAAUUCAAAGCUCCGAAGUUCUACAAAGAAGAGCUGAACUUGCUCAAGCUAUAUAGAGCUGUGGUUAAACUUGGCGGCUAUGAGCAGGUUACAUCAUGCAAGCUGUGGAGGCAAGUGGGAGCACCAUUUAGACCUCCAAAGACUUGUACUACUGUUUCUUGGACAUUCCGGAACUUCUAUGAAAAGGCACUGCUUGAAUACGAAAAGUACAGGCUGCAGUGUGGUGAACUUCCUUAUUUGGAAUAUGACAAUUCAAUUCCCAAGGGUGAAAAUCAGGUUGGUGGUAAUCACAUUAGCCAAGCAUCAACCUCAGGUAGGGCCCUAAGGGAUGCUGCUGCUCGUGCUAUGCAGGGUUGGCACUCUCAGAGUCCUGUUAAUGCCGAGGAUGGGAAACCUAGCUUUUCGCAGAAAAGUGACAAGCAGAUAAAGAGUGGUUUGUUAAAGCGCAAAAAAACACCUUCGCCUGGGAACACUGUCCAUGUGGCGCGCGCUAAAGCACCGAAGCCACAAUUGAACUCAAUAGUAAUUGAUGUUGGACCACCUGCUGACUGGGUAAAAAUUAAUGUGUAUAAAAUUAAUGAAUGCUUUGAGGUUUAUGCUUUAGUUCCUGGGCUUCUCCGUGAGGAGGUACAUGUGCAGUCUGAUCCUGCAGGACGUCUAAUUAUAUCUGGUCAACCACAGCAACUGGAUAAUCCAUGGGGUGUCACGCCCUUUAAAAAGGUUGUCAGCUUACCAUCAAGAAUUGAUCCACACCAGACAUCUGCUGUGGUCACCCUGAAUGGCCAAUUAUUUGUGCGGGUUCCAUGUGAGCAGAAGGAUCUGUAAUGCUUGAGGCGUUCUAUGUUUCGCGAAGCAUCUGCAUGUCACACUCUGUCCAUAACUAGGAGAUGAAAGAUUUGGUUUGACCUUGCAGUGGCUCUGCCUUGCGAAUUUCUCAACUCGCAAGUUUCACAAAUAAGUUUGGCCCACUAAAUGCAUAAAUGAAGCUUUGACCUACACCAGCUGAGAGUUUAGUGUUUUGGGAAUAUUUUUAUAUAUUUAUUGACUAUUAAUCGCCUUUAUUCUUAGUGUAUUCUGAUCAUGGAAUUAUGUAGUUUUGUUAUCGAGACUUGAGAGGAGUUAUGAUUAAACAUUAAUGCUGCAUACUGGGAAGAGAGAACAUUUAUUCGUUAUUCAGAUCUUUAGAUUGUCUUUGAUGCAA